AUGGGAGCGAGAUCCUUGAGUCGCUUGAGAUCACCUAUUGAAGCUGAAGCUGAAGCGCUAAGAUGGGCUUUACUCAACAUGGUACGCUUCAACUACAGAAGGGUCAUCUUUGAAUCCGACUGUAAGGAGUUGAUUCAGGCCAUUCAGGAGGAAAGCUAUCGCCCAAGCAUCUGCACCUACACUGCAGAUAUCCUUCGUAAGCUGGAUAAAAUAGGUGAUCACAGAGUAGUCUUCAAGAGUAGACAAGGGAAUGAAGUGGCAGAUAGAGUAGCAAAAGAGGCUUCUAACUUUGAGAGUAACUCCUCUGUUUUGUUUUCUACUAUGCCUUCUUGGAUUCAAACUUAUGUUGAGGCUGAUAAACCUAUGGUGUAA